CCUUUACAUACUGACACAACAAUGGCAGUUAUAACGAUACUGUUUUAAAUGCGCUUUGUGCAAAAAAAUAAUCGCUACACCAUCUCAGUAGACAUCCGUGCUGGCUCUGAGGCAUAUGGUCCCCCCUCCCCUCUCCGUCUCUCUACCAUCGGCUCCCGACUCCGAGCAUCCGUCGUUUCCCUGAGUCACUGUGUAGCCCCAGCGGUCUCCUGUGUGGGUUUCAGCGGCUCUCUGGCUCCUGUCAGGUCCUUCUGAUGAAAAUAGUCGACGACGUUUGAAAUGACUGAAGUGGCUCCAGGCUACCCCGACAUGACAGCGCUGGCCCCUCCUCCUGCACCACUGAUCACCAGUAGGAAUGCAUCUCCUGCUCGAUCACCAUCCAAACCCAGCAGCCCUUCAGGCUCCCGGCUGCAUUUAGCAAAAGAGCAACGGGAGGAUGGAGAGAAGACACAAGAGAUUUCAGAAUUGCUGCGUGAUAAGGAGCGUCGUGUGCAGCAGCAACUGGAUCGCAGCGCCGAGGAGCGAGGGAGGAAAUUGGAGCAGCAGAGGAAGAAGGAGCGCCAGCGCCAGGCGGCAGCUGUGGAGAAAAGAAGGCAGCAGCAAGAGGCAGAGAAGGAGAGGCUGGAGGCCCUGGUCCGCCGGAGAGCAGGAGGUGCCGAGAGACGAGGAGGAGGUGUUGGAAAUGGAGGGGGGGAGGCUCGGGACCACCUGGAUAACAGGCCUAAACGCUGGACAUGGGGAGGACCGCCUGAUGGAGUGGAGGGUAACCCUAAGACCCCGCCCUGCAAUGCCAUUGGCUCUGCUCAGCCCAAUGAGCUUCCUGCUGCUUCCAGCACCAGCCAAUCCCGUAACGUCGGUGACUUCCUGUCUCCACCCGGGAUGGAUCAACCAAUCAACAAACAGCUCUCCAACUCUUCAGCUGCCCUGCAUUCACCAGAGAGAGCUUCCCCCAACCAACACAGACCGUAUAGAAGUUCCUCCAACCGCAGGAGCAUCGCUGGACUCCCUGAAGAGACGUCUAGAGCCAAAACACCCACGGGAGACACUCCAAACACACCGGCCCGCAGUUCUUCCUUCAGGGCCAACAGCAAGGGCCCUGCCACACCGAAACGGGUGAGGUCAAACAGGAGCCGCGCCCAGUCGCCCUGCUCCCCUGGCCAGUACCCCCCCUCCCCACUCCGGCAAAGGGCCACCACCCCCGGCACCGACGAUAGGGGUCACUCUGAGGUCAAAGGGCACAGCACCCUGGAGAGAAAAUCUACCAAAUCUGAGACCUUGGAGAGGAAGAUUCCCAAAUCCACCAGCAAAGAACUCAAUGCAGAGUCUCCGGGCACGCCCACAGGCAGGAGUGUUGGUGGAACGACGGAUGCUGAGGAAGCGUCCAGACUACUGGCAGAGAGACGACGUCUGGCCCGAAUACAGAAGGAGCAGGAGGAGAAACAGCGUCAGGAGGAGGAGAGGCAGAGGGCUGAGGAGGAGCAGAGGAGGCAGCAGGAGUUGAGAGAGAGGCAGGAGAGAGCCGCUCAGCAGGCCGAGGAGGAGAGACUGAGGCGGGAGGAGGAAAGAAGGAACAGAGAGGACGAGGAAAGACGGCAGAAGGAGCAGAGAUGGAAGGACAUGCAGGAUCAGCUGGACAGAGAGAGGGAGGAGGCCUUCCUGCGAGCCCAGAAGGAGGCAGAGAGGAAGAGGCAGGAGAGAGAGCUGCUGCACAUCCAGGAGGAGCAGGAGAGACUGCAGAGGAAGAAGAGGAUUGAGGAGAUCAUGAAGAGAACACGGAAGAGUGAAGUGGAGCAUCUGCCUGGUGCUGCAGCGUCUGACAUGAGGCCAGAAGUUGCAAUCCCGUCGGAGGAGGACACCCCGACUCCAGCUGAAGCCCCUGUCAUCAUGCUUGGACCCCUGGAGAAUAAGAGCUGUGUGGAUGAGCUGUCUGAUGGAGUCCAAUCCAUGGACGUCAGUUCUCCAUCUGUCUCCAUCAGUCCAGUGUCCAGGGACGAGCAGCCUAGCGCUCAUGAGUUUUCCCCUCUCACUGAAGAGCAUGUGAUGGACCUUGAUGCCCAGCGAGGACAGCGACAGGGCGCGGAAUCGCCCCCCUACCCCAAACUGCAGGCUGGCAGUGGAGUCGGAGACCUCAACAAGAACUUGUUGAUUCAAGCCUACAGCGCCGCCUCUGAAUCCUCCCAGCUCAUCCACAGUGUUGGCCCAAGCAAACUGGACGUUCAGUAGCCAGGACCUUCUCAGGAGCUGGUAGAAACAGGAGGAACAGACCAAGAAACCGUCACCUCUGUCUGCAACAACAACAACAAUCAUCUCCACAAGGAACAAAUGCUGAACAACUAAUUUCACAUCUGUAUAACAGUAAAGCUUCUGGCCACUUUUGAGGCAGUGCACAUGGGCAAUUUUGACUCUCACAAACAGAACACAGUUUGACAAAAUCAUGCAGAUAAUGUGAAGUAUGUUAAUGACAUGGUUAUGUGACAGAGUAGGAAGUGGGAUCAGCAUUGUUGCAUGUCAUGAAAAAGUUUAGGGAAGUGAAACGACUGUAAACUAAGGAAACUACAGCAGUGUUGGGAAAGUUACUUUCAAAAUGUAAUACAAUACAUAUUACUAGUUACCUUCAUUUGAAAAUAAUUAGUUACAUUACGAUGUCUCUUUUUCUGAAAAAUAAUGCGUUACUUAUAACACUACUUUUGCGUUACUUUCACCAAAGACUGGGCAUUAUAAAGUGGAAGGCGGUCAUGUUGUUUAACAGCAGCAGAUCAAAGCAAAGAAAGCUCAACUGUAUUGCGGGUCAUUAAUGUACAAAGCCAGUAGGUGAUAUUGUACAGCCAAAUGAAGGCUCUUCUCCAGCGCGCAGAUCUGGCCCAUUCAUGCAAUCACAUGCAGUGGUUACCUUUUUUAAAAAAAAAUUAAAAUCACCUUUACAUAAACAAAAAGUUAAAAUUAAUCAAAAUCACAUUUAUUAAAAUCAUCCUCUUAUAUUAACACAGGGAGGGGCAGGCAGCAGAUCAAAGUCUGAUAAAUUAUGAGAUGGGGAUACCUGUUUGUGGGCCUACUAUAUGAAACACAAUAAACAAGUACUGAGGUUAGCACAGCAACCAGAUUGCCUCGCGACUCAGUCACUAUGAUGACCAAAAAUUAAUACACCGGAGCUGGAAGACACACCUGCCCGUUCCCGAUGUGUUGGUCAGCUACAACAGCACUGGAGAGAGCUGAACGGGACGGUGUGUCAGCAUGGCUCCAGGAUGUGAAUGGAAAAACAUCCAACAUGCUAAAGGACAAUUGACGGCAUCACCCAGAUGUGUUGAUCACUUGGAUGAGGAAAAACAACAGAGCCUGUCUUCUUAUCCCUGCUGCUUUCAAGCAGCCUUUAGAUGCAAACCAGAAUGGGAUACUUAGUAGACGUUACAGAUAUGUGAACACACAGGACGGCAUCACCCAGAUGUGCUGGUCACUGGCACCCUUCUAUUGCCUAAUGUCACCUGUCAUGACAGGACAAGACACAAAAACCUUUCGGGGAUAUUUUUACUGGUGACACACUGGCAGAGUCGGCACGGUGUGGAUGAAUAAAAAAAUUUAAACAACAAACACUUAAUUUCAGGUGGUAACGCCUUAUGUGACGUAGAUGUAAUUGUAUUACCCAAAAACCUGUUGGUAACAGUUACUGACAACAAAAAUUUUGUUCAUGUUAUAAAACUUACUGUAAAGGCAUGAGCUGAGGAUUCAAGCUCAGUGGCAGCCGGAAUCUGCACACUUCACUUUUCAUUUACAUAUUUUUUGCAUUUAAUUAUCUCACAAAGCUCCCUGACAUUGCACUUAAUCUUUUCAUGACUUUUUUUUUUACUUCUGUACCUGUGGGAGCCAGUAUUGCCUAGAUGCACUGCCACAAAAUAUCACUCGAGUUAUCACCUGCUUUAAUAUCUCAUCCCUGCUUUUGUAAAACUUUGUAAAUAGAUCCGACUGGGUGGAGGAGUCAGGGAGCGUCUCUGUAGCAGUUAAUCUGGAGGGGAAGCUGUAAAAACAGACACUAUUGUGUGAAUCCUGUGUAGCAUCUUCAGUGAGGACUAGCUAGUUGAGCUGUUAAUGGUUGUAGCUGUACUUGAACAGUGUGUGGGAGCUUCUCUCUGUCUGUCAGUGUUUCUGAUGGUUCCUGUGUGUUUAUCUCUUCUGCUGACAGCGACUCCUACUUCUAUAAAAAACCCAGACUGCUGUAGAUUUCCUGUCACCCUGACGCUGGAGAAAAAAAACCCCAUCAAUGACUGAUAUUAUAACCCCACUGCUGACCCAUAACACUUAGCCUGUCGCUUUGAUUUUUCUGCUGCUUGUCACUUGAUCGCUGGACAUUUUGUGGACGACCCACAGAGAGGACAUGAAGAAAACCUUGGAGGGGAACUAAAAAAUUAUGUCAAAUGUCCUGUAUUUUUAUCUGCAGGUUGGGAAAAUAUUCACACAGUGUGUUGUGUAUUUGUCUGGCACUGACUGUAACCACGCUAGCUGCAAUUUAUAGUGUGCACUUACAGUAGUUAUGUGUUUCACUGCUCUAACGAUGCUGGUAUCUCCACCUCAGCUCAUUCCCCCCAACUAAAAUAUACCUCACCAAUUCAGAACAGAGUCUGGGGUUAGACAGCGGUCACCACCUCGCAGCUCAUCACCUCUGAGGCCUUAAACCUCUGUGCAGUCAAAACAACCCUUCCACUGUGCUUCGCCCUCAGGCUGUUUCAUCCAGCAUGUGCACUUUUGUUGUUUAAAGGCCCUUUUCGACAGAAAGACCCUGGAAGUACAGAAACAAGAACAAAAAAUAUCCCCUGAGCAAGUCUGUGUUUGAUUUUAAGCUGCACCUGAUCAGACAGAUCACAAGGAAGUGAGGGGAAAAUGGCAAUUAUGUGAAAGCAACAUUGGAUUACCAGCAGGGCAAAGCAUGCCACUACACCACAGACUGGCAGGGCCACAGACUCUCUGGGGCCCCAAAAGCCCCAGGUUUACUGUGUGGAUGAACAAGGCCAUAGGCAGGAUUGUAGAAAAACUGAGGUAAUAGAUCCAAACUCCCCUAGCAGAGCCCCACCCACCUAAAAAAAAAAAUCACCAACCAGACUCACUGUAUUUAUUCAAUAGUAUUUAAGGAAAAUCAUGUUCUAUUUGUUCAGUUAUAUUAUUUUUGUAGAUUCCAUCUCCCACCAUUGCGGCCUGGUAUCAGGCAUGUCAUUCUGGUUAAGAAUACUAAUUAAUUGAUGUAUGUUAUUUUAUCUGUUUAUUUGACCAGCCACCAACCAAACUUAUGAGUAUGUAAGGAAAAUCACAGUCUAUUUCAUCUAUUUAAAUAUUCUGUUUUAUGUAUUUUUUCUCCUUUUUAUCUCCUCACAUUAUGAUUCAGUACCAGGUAUAAUACUGUGAUGGAGAAUCUUACAUUAUUUUAGUUUUUCAAAUGUAAUUAGUUUGCCUUAAAAUCAUAGAAGAAUAUUAGAAUCUGCUUAUAAAACCCUCCACAAAAUGUGUGGAUGUAAUACAGAUUGGAAAAUCACAUUCUAUUUAUACAGCUGUUCAAUUACAAUAUGGUCUGGUGCAAGAUAUAUCAUUUUAGUAAAAAAAAAAAAAAAAUCUGCAUUUCAUUAAUUUCUUAUAUAGUUUAUGUGAUUGAUCUCCAUCAAAACAGUCAAAAAUAUUUGAAUCAGCCUUAAAAAACACAAACUACAACUUAUCUUUAAUGUAUUCUCUGUCAUGUCAUUAUAAACCUUCCAAUGUUUUAGAAAUAAGACUGAGAACAUGACCUCAGUGUCCAAUGACAACACCUUUAUUUACAGUUAUAUUGUGCUCAAUUAAUGUAUAUUCUUAUAUAAAUCUGUUUAACUUGUUAACUUUAAGGUGACAAGUUAGCUGGUGGUAGUGGUGUUGGUGUGGAGUCUCAGCAGGGGCCCACAGCACAUUUUUGCCCCUGCAGGUUAAUGCAACUAUGGCUGACAGUAUGAACUGAGUCACAGGGACUUUUGGGGAUGUAAGAACAGAUUGAAAUGAAUCAAAUUUGAAUCCAGGUGCAAAGAGAGCUCUUCAAAAACCUUCUUGUUGUGGAAACGCAGCUCUCCUGCUCCUCCAAGGUGCCACACUGAGGGGAAAAACUGUUUCCCCGUCACUGCUGCAACCUUCAUUUUAUGUUUUCACUCUCCUGCUGGCGUCCCUCUCUCCAUGUUAGCUCAUUAUUCCUCCAGAUUCUGCUGAAGCUCAUCGUAAGAGGGUCUCCAGGGUCCCCUUGUAUAUGAAGUAAAAAUAAAGGACAUAAUGUUUAUCCUAAUAUUACUUAACUCUGUGACACUGCAGCUUGGUGGAAUAUAUCAUUGUAGAUGUGGUGCAUGGAUAACUGCUGAAAAAGAACAAUAAACUUCAUCAAGCCAUUUGUGUCAGUGAGCUGGAUAAAUAAAUGCAUAAUAAUGGCAAACAGACAAUUUGGGUUGAGGAUAUGAAAUGAAGAGUACUGUUAAAGAUUUCAAAGCUGUACAAGAUGUUAAAUCACUGACAUUCAUACCAAGUGACUGAUGAACUGACAAAUGUAGUGUAGGGCUUAAUGCAGCCACUUUUAUUUAUCAUUAUAUAUCACUGUGUGUUGACUUUAUGCUGCACUGAAAUUAAAACUGACCUGCAAAAGUUGAA